AUGGAGUGGGCCAGGUUCAAAAGGGCGUAUAGUGAACCAACGCUUCAGCACUUCGGCAUGUUUAUGGAGGAGAUAGUUGACGACGCCAGUGAAGUUACGAUCGCCACUCAACAGAAAUCAUGCGGUGGGAGAGUCGACAAAGACAAACCGAAGGAAAGAGGUCAUGUAUAUUCCCAUGAAGACACGUCGGGAGUGCAGAACCACGUACCAGAGAGACAACCUUGCCCGAUCUGCGGAAAAACAGAUCAUCGAGUAAGAAACUGUGAACGAUUCCAGCAGCUAGGAGUCGAAGCUCGUCUAAAGGCCGUAGAACGAUGCAAGUUGUGUGAAGUUUGCUUGUUCGAUCACGGGCAAUGGAGGUGUCGUUCGAGAAUCCGAUGUAACGUUGCCCAAUGCCGGGCUCGUCAUAACCCACUACUGCAUCGCCCAACGCAAGAACCACGUCAGCGUCAGCUCCGAGCUUCGGAGUGUAAUACGCACGAGCGAACGCAAAGAUCGGUCCUUUUCAGGAUCAUUCCUGUUACACUUUUCAACGGAAAUACGAAAUGUGAAACAUUCGCGUUUUUGGAUGAGGGAUCCUCGCUGACCCUUAUCGAAACUAGCUUGGCGCGUCAGCUUGGUGUCACAGGUGUUCCAGAGCCCUUGGAAUUGCGUUGGACUGCGAGCGUGAUGCGAAACGAGAAGGAUUCAAAGCGUGUGGACCUGGAGAUAUCCGGAAAAGGUCUGCCGAGACGCUUCGUCUUGAAAAACGCUCACACUGUCGAAGAAUUGAAUCUACCCAACCAGAGCCUGAUGCUUGGCGUACUAUCGGAAAGGUUCGCACAUCUCCGGAAUCUCCCCAUAUCGUCGUACUCUGAAGCCACUCCGAGGAUCCUUCUAGGACUAGAGAACCUCAGUCUUUUUGCGCCGCUGGAUAGCUGCGUGGGCCGACCGGGAGAACCAAUUGCCGUGAAGUCUCUGCUAGGUUGGUCUAUCUAUGGACCUGACGGAAAUGGACACUCGAAAAAAGGCUUUCUAAACGUACACCAAUGCAAUUGCGACUCCGACCGAGAACUAAACGACCUUGUCCGGCAGCAGUUUAUACUGGAGGAAUCGCUAACCAGGCAAACACCGAUACUUGAGUCCGCUGAAGAAAAGAGAGCCCGUGACAUACUGGAAAGCACUACAAAGUUUGUGGAUGGACGGUAUGAAACUGCUCUGCUUUGGAAAACCGAUGACGUCGAGGUGCCGGAUAGCCUUCCCAUGGCGAUGAAGCGACUGAAAAGUUUCGAGGCUCAAUUAGCCAAAAAUUCGAGUCUACGGGACAGCGUGAACCAGCAAAUCAUCGAUUAUAUACAGAAGGGCUAUAUUCACAAGGCCACGGAAGCAGAACUGGUCGAGAUCAGCAGCAGACAAGUGUGGUACUUACCGCUGGGCUUGGUGACGCAUCCAAAGAAGCAGAAAAAACGACUGGUUUGGGACGGUAGGGCGCAGGUGAACGGAGUCUCAUUAAACUCGCUGUUGCUAAAGGGCCCUGACCUUCUGGUGUCGCUCCCGUCUGUAAUUUGCAAGUUCCGCGAGAAACGCAUCGGAUUUGGAGGCGAUAUCCGGGAAAUGUUUUUACAACUACGAAUGCGACAAUCUUUUCAGUAUUUCCAGUGCUUCUUGUUCCAGUUCGAUCCUCGUUAUCCACCUGAAGUGUACAUAGCGGACGUUGCGAUGUUCGGAGCAACUUGUUCACCCUGCGUUGCGCAGUAUGUGCUACGUGUCAAUGCGGAUAAAUGGGCGAACGAAUUCCCUUUGGCGGCGGAGGCGAUCAAAAAUAAAACCUACAUGGACGAUUACUACGACAGCGCCGAUACUCCUGAAGAAGCGGCAGAAUUAGCCGUGCAAGUACGUACCAUCCAUGCCCACGGAGGAUUCGAGAUGAGGAACUGGGUUAGCAACAGUGAUGAAGUGUUGGAAAAGCUCGGCGAAACUCCGGACAAGGAACCACGUUUGCUGCAAUCUGUCCCGGAAGAAAGGUGGGAACGUGUUCUAGGGAUGUUGUGGCACCCGGAUUCUGAUACUUUGACCUUUUCAACCGAACUGGCGUCAGAGUUACUUCCCUUUGUCUCCGAUAAUAGAAGGCCGACGAAACGCAUCGCUCUUAGGAUCAUUAUGAGUCUUUUUGAUCCCCUUGGCUUGUUAGCACCGUACCUUGUUCACGGACGUACUUUGAUCCAAGAUCUGUGGAGAAGUGGAGUACAAUGGGAUGAGGAAAUGAAGGACGAGGAGUUUGCCAAAUGGACGCGCUGGGUGGAACUGCUACCCGCUAUAAGUGAGCUUAGCGUUCCGCGUUGCUACUUCGCCCCGAUGGAUCCACUGUUUUAUCGAACGCUACAGCCCGGAUAA